CAAUAUUGAGCAUCUACAUAUCAAUUGAUAAACAUUGCACUGGUUUAACACUGUUUCUAUUCUGUCUAUUUACAAUGAAUUUCAGAUUACAGCUCUGUUUGGGUGCAGUUUUAAUUUUUGUUAUACAUGCUGUGAAAUCUGUUCCACUGAGUCUAGACAAUAGUUUGAGGAAAAAACGGGAAACUGUCCCGUCCGUUAAAGCCGUCAACGUCGACUUAGAAGAUGGUUUAAGAAAGAAACGCGAAGCUGUUCCAUCUGUCAAAGCCGUCAACGUCGAUUUGGAAGAUGGUUUGAGAAAGAAACGUGAAGCUGUACCGUCAGUCAAAGCCGUCAAUGUCGACUUAGAAGAUGGUUUGAGAAAGAAACGUGAAGCUGUACCGUCUGUCAAAGCCGUCAAUGUCGAUUUGGAAGAUGGUUUGAGAAAGAAACGUGAAACUGUACCAUCUGUCAAAGCCGUCAACGUCAACUUGGAAGAUGGUUUGAGAAAGAAACGUGAAGCUGUACCGUCAGUCAAAGCCGUCAACGUCGACUUGGAAGAUGGUUUGAGAAAGAAACGUGAAGCUGUACCGUCUGUCAAAGCCGUCAAUGUCGAUUUGGAAGAUGGUUUGAGAAAGAAACGUGAAACUGUACCAUCUGUCAAAGCCGUCAACAUCGAUUUGGAAGAUGGUUUGAGAAAGAAACGUGAAACUGUACCAUCUGUCAAAGCCGUCAACGUCAACUUGGAAGAUGGUUUGAGAAAGAAACGUGAAGCUGUACCGUCAGUCAAAGCCGUCAACGUCGACUUGGAAGAUGGUUUGAGAAAGAAACGUGAAGCUGUACCGUCUGUCAAAGCCGUCAACGUCGACUUAGAAGAUGGUUUGAGAAAGAAACGUGAAGCUGUACCGUCUGUCAAAGCCGUCAACGUCGACUUAGAAGAUGGUUUCAGGAAAAGACGUGAAGCUGUACCAUCAGUAAAAGCCGUUAACGUCGAUUUGGAAGAUGGUUUGAGAAAGAAACGUGAAGCUGUACCGUCUGUCAAAGCCGUAAACGUCGACUUAGAGGAUGGUUUGAGGAAAAGACGUGAAGCUGUACCAUCAGUAAAAGCCGUUAACGUCGAUUUGGAAGAUGGUUUGAGAAAGAAACGUGAAGCUGUACCGUCUGUCAAAGCCGUCAACGUCGACUUGGAAGAUGGUUUGAGAAAGAAACGUGAAGCUGUACCGUCUGUCAAAGCCGUCAACGUCGACUUAGAGGAUGGUUUGAGGAAAAGACGUGAAGCUGUACCAUCAGUAAAAGCCGUUAACGUCGAUUUGGAAGAUGGUUUGAGAAAGAAACAUGAAGCUGUACCGUCUGUCAAAGCCGUAAACGUCGACUUAGAGGAUGGUUUGAGGAAAAGACGUGAAGCUGUACCAUCAGUAAAAGCCGUUAACGUCGAUUUGGAAGAUGGUUUGAGAAAGAAACGUGAAGCUGUACCGUCUGUCAAAGCCGUCAACGUCGACUUGGAAGAUGGUUUGAGAAAGAAACGUGAAGCUGUACCGUCUGUCAAAGCCGUCAACGUCGACUUAGAGGAUGGUUUGAGGAAAAGACGUGAAGCUGCACCAUCAGUAAAAGCCGUUAACGUCGAUUUGGAAGAUGGUUUGAGAAAGAAACGUGAAGCUGUACCGUCUGUCAAAGCCGUAAACGUCGACUUAGAGGAUGGUUUGAGGAAAAGACGUGAAGCUGUACCAUCAGUAAAAGCCGUUAACGUCGAUUUGGAAGAUGGUUUGAGAAAGAAACGUGAAGCUGUACCGUCUGUCAAAGCCGUUAACGUCGAUUUGGAAGAUGGUUUGAGAAAGAAACGUGAAGCUGUACCGUCUGUCAAAGCCGUCAACGUCGAAUUAGAGGAUGGUUUGAGGAAAAGACGUGAAGCUGUACCAUCAGUAAAAGCCGUUAACGUCGAUUUGAAAGAUGGUUUGAGAAAGAAACGUGAAGCUGUACCGUCUGUCAAAGCCGUAAACGUCGACUUAGAGGAUGGUUUGAGGAAAAGACGUGAAGCUGUACCAUCAGUAAAAGCCGUUAACGUCGAUUUGGAAGAUGGUUUGAGAAAGAAACGUGAAGCUGUACCGUCUGUUAAAGCCGUAAACGUCGACUUAGAGGAUGGUUUGAGGAAAAGACGUGAAGCUGUACCAUCAGUAAAAGCCGUUAACGUCGAUUUGGAAGAUGGUUUGAGAAAGAAACGUGAAGCUGUACCGUCUGUCAAAGCCAUCAACGUCGACUUGGAAGAUGGUUUGAGAAAGAAACGUGAAGCUGUACCGUCUGUCAAAGCCGUCAACGUCGACUUAGAGGAUGGUUUGAGGAAAAGACGUGAAGCUGUACCAUCAGUAAAAGCCGUUAACGUCGAUUUGGAAGAUGGUUUGAGAAAGAAACGUGAAGCUGUACCGUCUGUCAAAGCCGUAAACGUCGACUUAGAGGAUGGUUUGAGGAAAAGACGUGAAGCUGUACCAUCAGUAAAAGCCGUUAACGUCGAUUUGGAAGAUAGUUUGAGAAAGAAACGUGAAGCUGUACCGUCUGUCAAAGCCGUCAACGUCGACUUGGAAGAUGGUUUGAGAAAGAAACGUGAAGCUGUACCGUCUGUCAAAGCCGUCAACGUCGACUUAGAGGAUGGUUUGAGGAAAAGACGUGAAGCUGUACCAUCAGUAAAAGCCGUUAACGUCGAUUUGGAAGAUGGUUUGAGAAAGAAACGUGAAGCUGUACCGUCUGUCAAAGCCGUAAACGUCGACUUAGAGGAUGGUUUGAGGAAAAGACGUGAAGCUGUACCAUCAGUAAAAGCCGUUAACGUCGAUUUGGAAGAUGGUUUGAGAAAGAAACGUGAAGCUGUACCGUCUGUCAAAGCCGUUAACGUCGAUUUGGAAGAUGGUUUGAGAAAGAAACGUGAAGCUGUACCAUCUGUCAAAGCCGUCAACGUCGAAUUAGAGGAUGGUUUGAGGAAAAGACGUGAAGCUGUACCAUCAGUAAAAGCCGUUAACGUCGAUUUGAAAGAUGGUUUGAGAAAGAAACGUGAAGCUGUACCGUCUGUCAAAGCCGUAAACGUCGACUUAGAGGAUGGUUUGAGGAAAAGACGUGAAGCUGUACCAUCAGUAAAAGCCGUUAACGUCGAUUUGGAAGAUGGUUUGAGAAAGAAACGUGAAGCUGUACCGUCUGUCAAAGCCGUAAACGUCGACUUAGAGGAUGGUUUGAGGAAAAGACGUGAAGCUGUACCAUCAGUAAAAGCCGUUAACGUCGAUUUGGAAGAUGGUUUGAGAAAGAAACGUGAAGCUGUACCGUCUGUCAAAGCCGUCAACGUCGAUUUAGAAGAUGGUUUGAGAAAAAAACGUGAAGCUGUACCGUCUGUCAAAGCCGUCAACGUUGAUUUAGAAGAUGGUUUGAGAAAGAAACGUGAAGCUGUACCAUCUGUCAAAGCCGUCAACGUCGAUUUGGAAGAUGGUUUAAGAAAGAAACGUGAAGCUGUACCAUCUGUCAAAGCUGUGAACGUCGACUUAGAAGAUGGUUUGUGAAAAAAAGUAUGAAGCCGAAAUUUUUUAAUCGUUUUGUGCGGAAAACAGAUGAGUGUAUGUGAAGCUUUUUAUUACAGACAUGCUAAUGGAUAUAAAUGUAAUACUUGUGGUCUAUUUAAAUUGUUUACUAUGACAGCAUGCCUUUGUUUUCGCUUAGUAUUGUCUUCAUUUUGAUUUGUUGAUUGUCUUUGUUUUGUAAAUGAUUACUUGUUAUUUAAAAAUUAUAUUGUUUGUUUGAUAUGGUUUCUUGAAUAUUUAUCUAUUGUAAAAGUCAACCGUGAGAGUUGUAAAGCUUCAGCUUAAAUAACAAAUAUGUAAAAUUAUUGAAAAUUUAAAUCAAAUAAAGUCACGUUGAGAAAGUUUUAAUAAAUUA